UCCGAGGAGUCAUUCAAUUUCAAAACCUUUAUCCUUGGCAUCGGAGGAGAUACUCUCACCCUCUAUUGGAGAUGCUUUUAUGGUAAUUGGGGGCUAUAAUCCUACCUGUGAUGAAAAACAAAAAGAUUCACCCUGGAGAUGCUGUAAAGCAUUUUCGAUUCAGAUUAAAAAAACAUUUCGUCUCGCGGAAAAUUUAGGUCUGAACAGAAACACCACUGAAGAAUCCUUAAUAGUAAAAUCAGUGAGUAUACAGAAAAUGGGUAUUGCAGGAAGAAUAAUUAUACCAUGGAAGAGAAUGUUGAGAUCUUCAAAUAGAUAUGAAAUAGUUCGAGGGUUUGCGAAAGGAUCUACUACCAUUGAAGGGAUUAAAGAUAUCAUAGCAGUUGCUUCUGGAAAAGGCGGGGUUGGGAAGUCUACUACUGCAGUUAAUUUGGCCGUCGCUCUUGCUAAGACUUGUCAACUUAAGGUGGGUUUACUUGAUGCGGAUGUGUACGGACCAUCAAUUCCUACCAUGAUGAAGGUCCAACUCCAUGGGAAGCCAGAAUUGACUCAAGAUUCUAAAAUGAUUCCUGUUGAAAACCAUGGGGUGCAGUGUAUGUCAAUUGGAUUUCUUGUAGAAAAGGAUGCCCCUAUUGUGUGGAGAGGUCCAAUGGUGAUGAAAGCGCUUGAAACUUUGACGAGGGGAGUUUCUUGGGGAAAGCUUGAUAUUCUUGUGGUGGAUAUGCCCCCUGGUACAGGGGAUGCUCAGUUGUCAAUUUCACAGAGGCUGCAAUUAUCAGGUGCUUUGAUCGUGUCAACUCCUCAAGACAUUGCACUAAUAGAUGCCCGAAGAGGAGCUAAUAUGUUUCGUAAAGUUCAAGUUCCUAUUUUGGGAGUGAUCGAGAACAUGAGCUGUUUUAAAUGUCCACAUUGUGGGGGAAAAUCUCACAUAUUUGGCAUUGGAGGAGCACGAAAAACAGCUGAUGAGAUGGAUAUGGAAUUCCUCGGGGAGAUACCCCUGGAGAUGAAUGUUAGAACAGGUGCAGAUGAAGGUACUCCAAUUGUGAUAUCAGCUCCUGAUUCUUCAAUUUCCGAAGCAUACAACAACAUCGCAAAAAAAGUUGUCGACAGACUAGAAGAGUUAGCGAAAGAACGACAAGAUUAUCCACAAAUUUCUCUGUAAAGGAACUCCAAUACAAGUACUGUGUUACCAGUUGUUUGUUUUUUUUUUUUUUUUUUUGUUGGAACCCUUUCCCCAAAUAUAACUGACGGAUUAAUAUGCCUGAAUUUUGAAUACUUGUCAGUCUU